GUGAUCGCGAGUAUCAAUUUAUAUAAACUUGCUCCCAUUCGGUCAUCUCGGGGUUGGGGACCCACGUCGUAGUUUAAACUUACGUAGGGAAGGAAGGAAGGAAAGGAAAGAAUAAUAUACACGACCAUCCUUUUUUCACAUCAAUCUUCGACUCCUCCUCUUGGUAUCAUCAUCCUUCAUCAACUCACACGCGCUAAAUCUCUUCCUCUUAUCUCUCCUCUGGUCACACACGAAUCUUCCUUCACGCGUUAUCCACGUCGAAUGACGUUGAGAUUCUUCACCACCUGCUCUUGAAAUCUAAGCAAUAAGUAUCGCUAAGAUAAUCAUCCUUUGUCUUUAAAUCGUCACACUUUUGACACUCCGGUCUCACAACGACAUAUCCCCCACCCUCUAUCUUAUCCUUCUGGUCAAGUGAGAUUCAGAUAAUCAUGUGGUUAUUCGGCCUUCAGUCGAUAUUGUUCAUCCUUCCCUAUCUCCCCCUUCUUCUAGCACAAUCAUCAUCUGUCACAGCCACACCUUCAGCUAGCGGGACCCCAAACCUGGUCGUUUUCUCUGCACCCACUCUUGGAGUGUGUAGUCCUGGCAAAUUUACUUGGAGUUUAAAUAAUGAAGAUGCUUCAAAGUAUCAGAUCACGCUUCGAGCUAUUAACGUGGGAAUCGAUCAAUCCAUCCCUCCUGCUCCAUCUUCAACUAUCACAUCUACUACUUCCAGCACUUCCAGCUCCAGCCCUGGUACCAGUACAACUUCAUCCCGUUCUGCCUCUGCUACCACCACAGCAGCAUUGGCCAAAAUAGUCAACCGAGCUUCGGUCAUCGGCAACACGAACAAAACUCUUCAUAUCGGUCCAGCUAAUGUCGCAUGGUCUUUUGAAGCUCUUCCUGUCGAAGCUGGUAGAUGGUACAUUGCAGGAUACGUGAAUGAUUCAGUUGGGACGAUUGGGAAAACCGGUAUUUUCAGCGUUAUCAAUAAUGGUUCUACUUCAUGUCUUCUCACAGCUACUACUCCAAACACCAGUCCCGAUUCAACUAUCAGUUCCGACCCCACCAUCUCUCAUACAACGAGCAGCAUCGCCACCGUCCCAAUCGGUGCUGCUUCUCAAUCCGAAUCGAAAGGUUUGUCAGGAGGAGCAAUAGGAGGUAUAGUAGCCGGUGUCAUACUCGGUCUACUCGCUUUGAGUCUAUUAGGAUGUUUCUUCAUACGCCGUCGUCGUCAAAACCGUAGGAAAUCACAAGGAGAUUUCAUCGAACCUUUUAGAACCAUGAGUGAAUCUCAAGUUAGGGUACCCCCAACGAAUUUAGGUAUGGGUAGAUCAAAUAAAUCUCCUCCACGUUUAUCCGGGUCGCAACCAAUAGCAUUAGGAGAUAUGAAAAGUGAUUCUGAACAUUCAUAUUCUUCUCGAAAAAGUAUCGGCGAAUUAGAAGAAUCAGAAGGAUCAUUAUCUAAUUCACCACCUACCGAAGCUGUUCUUUCACAACUCGGUCCUUCUCAUGUUCAAAAUGAUCAUAAUCAACCUGAUUCUAUGGGUAGGAAUUCUAGAUCUGGUUCUGGACCGGUAUUUGACUCAGGAUCAGGAUCAGGAAGAGGUGAAGGUUCAAGUUUAGGAUCAGAAUUAGGUAUGGGAAUAGGACAAAGAAUAGGAGAUCCAUUCGCUACUGCACCUUCAACACCUAGAUUACGUGAUCCAUUCGGUUCACCAUCAUUAGAUCCACAACUCGAUCGAAGACGUUCUUCUGGACCUCCCGUCGUACAUGGGAGAAAUGAGGGAUUGAAAGGUAUGGAAGUUUUGAGAGGUAGACAAGAUGUUAGAAGACCUUCGACUGGUGUUGGAGAAGGAAAAGUAGGAGUUCCAAUGGUUAGAACUUCAAGUACAAGAAGAAAACCUGUUCCUUCUUUAGGUCCGGAAUUGAGGGAAUUGGAUAGGGAAAUGCAGGAAAGAAGAAGAAGAGCGAGUGAAGAUCAAGUAAAGGUAGCUACGUUGGGAAAGAGUUUUACUCUUCAACCGGAUUUACCUUUACAUCGGUAGUCAAUUGACGUUGGUUUGAUCAACAUCACCUCAACAUUGAUCUACAUCCUAAAUCUCUUAUCGUUGAGACGACUUGGCCCAUUCUUUCCCCUCGAAUUAUUACGUUUUCCCCACGACCUGUACUUUUCUUGAUGAUGAUCUUCACGCACAUCGCAACUACCAUUUCUCCACUCGUCUUUGUUCUAACCAGCUCAAAUGGGACGACACAAAUGUUUUACGUCAAAAUAUCACCAUACAUCCUACCGAAGUGAAUGUCGUCUCUCUCGGUCCCCCGGGUUGUAGCUGGAUCUACAAGUGGAUCAGACAUCAAAUAAGAGUAUCGUAUGGGAGAUGAAGAAAUAGCACCUGGAUCACCUCGAUGGUUCCAUCGAAAAAAUGUUAUCAUCUCCUAGAACAUACUCGAUGUAAUUUUCUUCUUUCCGAGGAUGACAAAUGGUACAAUGAAUGACUUGAUGCAUAAUUGUCAAUUGGG